CUAGUCCAACCACUUCCUUGUUCAAACUUUUAUUUUGGGGAAGACUCGGGUAGAAGUCGGUGUCUGACUCUGACUGCUUCGACUUUGUUGUUCUGUGGGUGAAAUGUCAACGCCAUGACCGAUGUCGAUAGUGAAAGUCGGCUGGACGAGGACGUAGCUAUCACCGUGGCUGUCUCUAUACAAAGCUGCCCGUCGUUGCUGCCCCGAGGCUUCAAGUAAGAGGCAAGAUGUCCAUAGCUAGCGUUAGCCAAGACAUCCAGGUGGAGUUCCCGCUGCACUCCGCGGUGUGGGAGAAUGAUUACAGGCGGCUGGAGCAACACAUUAUUCUACCGCAGAUUGAUGUUGAGGCUGUGGAUCCGAGAGGUCGGACACCUCUACAUCUGGCAGUGUCGCUGGGACACAUGGAGUCAGUGAGAGUCCUCCUGAGACAUGGAGGGCAAGUUACGAAAGAAAACGCCAAGAAUUGGACAGUUCUGCAGGAAGCUGUCAGCACAGGAGACCCAGAAAUGGUUCAGUUAGUCCUUCAACGGAGAGAUUACCUAAAAGCCUCUACAGCUCUGGAAGGAGUACCUGAGCUUUUGUCAAAGAUCAGAGAGUCUCCAGACUUCUAUAUGGAAAUGAAGUGGGAAUUCACCAGUUGGAUCCCGCUUCUAUCCCGGGUUUGUCCAAGCGACGUGUGUCGCAUUUGGAAAAGUGGCGCUAGCUUGCGUGUGGAUUCUACUCUGCUAGGCUUUGAGAACAUGACCUGGAUCAGGGGGAGAAGAAGCUACAUUUUCAGAGGAGAUGAUUCAUGUGCAGAGUUGAUGGAGGUGAACCAUGAUGAACAAGUGGUGGACACUGAGCGUUUCAUCAUAUCUCAAGAGAGGGAGGACGUCACACUAGAAUCAAUGCAGCCAGCUGAACAGGAAGUGGCCAAAAGGUUGACGACUCCAAUUGUCAACACCUACUUGGAUACCAGAGACAUUGCUUUUGAAAGGAACAAGUCUGGGAUUUGGGGCUGGAGGACCGACAAAACUGAAGCAGUCAACGGAUUUGAUGCAAAGGUCUUCAGUGUGAACAACGUCAAUGUUGUUAUCAGGACAAGGACUGAACAUCUUACAGAUGAGGAGAAAGCAAGAAUAAAAAGUGAAAGGAACAUCCUGGAGUCACUGCUUGGGACGGUGGAACAGCACAUCAGCGCACAAGGGGACCUGACACUUGAAUACGCAACUGCCACCAACCCCACAGCCAUAACCCCAGAGGAAUAUUUCAAUUCCAAUUUUGACCUGGGGAACCGAGACAUCGGUCGACCGAUUGAGCUGAGCAUCCGAACACAGAAGUUUAAAGGUACAUUGUGGAUGAGCGAAGAGCAUCCCCUGUCCCUGGUGAAGCAGGUGACCCCCAUCAUUGACCUCAUGGCUCGGACCAGUUCGCAUUUUGCACGACUACGAGACUUUGUAACGCUGAAAUUCCCUCCUGGAUUCCCUGUGAAAAUUGAGAUUCCACUGUUUCACGUGCUGAACGCCAGGAUUACCUUUGGAAACGUUAACAAAUGCAGUACAGAAGAAGAAGCCAACACAACACCAGCUGCCACGCCGUCAUCCACAGGAGACGACGAGGACGAAGUGGCCAGCGUACUUCCAACAUUCCAGGUGUGUCCGUCGGUGUUUGUGGUGCCCGACAACUACCAGCGCAGGGGGGGCAGCCGUCACGCACCUGUGUCAAAUAACGACGAAGAGUUUUUGCAGUACGCCAUCCAUCAAAGUCUCCUGGAUUCCCACAAAGUUCCAAGCCAGGAGGAGACAUGGGACGAUACACACAGCGAACUCACUGAUGUCAUGGCCAACAGCCAGAGUGACAGGAGUAUCCCAGAGGGGGUGCUAGUGGACUUCGGCGACACCUCCAGCCCCACAAGCACCUUCUCCACCUCCAGCCCCGACUCGGACCUCCACCUGGCCAUGGAGCUGUCGGCGCGGGCUCAGGAGCAAGACGAGCGGCUGAGGAAGCAGGAGGAAGAGGAGCUGGAGAAGAUUUUGCAGUUGUCGCUUACUGAGAAGUAGAAGGAUGAACGAGGGGAACGGGAACAAGAUCCAGAAGCAACCACCUCACCUCACUUUCAACUCCCAGUCAUCUAUGCAACUGCAGAGGUUUCCCUUUAACUACGCAUUCUUACUCUACUUUUAAAGGGUGUUUUUAUGUAAACACUAACUCUCUGUCUUCCAGCCAUUGUUCUCUGAGGUGUUUUUAAUGGCAGUCACAUCAAAUAUUGGUCUUAAGGCAGCUCACAAGAAUGUAAUAAAAUAAAAAAGACUACUUCAGGUGACUCCACAUGAGUUGGCACUCCAGUUUAACUCUUGAAGUGCCAGAGCACUGUAUUUAAUGUUCCCUUCCCUUGGCAUGUCUAAUACGAAAUCAGCGAUCCAAUGGCUGGAGUGGAAUAUUAAUGUUCCUACUUUGCAUAGGGCCAUGAAGGGUUUUACACCAGAAGGCUUUUCCAUGGAAUAACAAAUCUCAGGGUUCCAGUUUUACACAACUCUCUCUUUCCUGGAAGUAGGUUUUAAACAACGUCACAUAUCAUCCUGCUUCACUCAUGGCUUCAGUUUAAAGUUCAUGCAGGAUUCUUGUGCUUUUUCAGAAGACUAAGAGGAUCACUGCAGCAAUUGUAAAUAUUCUGCUUUUCUUUGGGUGGAAUUUGUACGACUUUUUUUUUUCUCCCUCUUCCGCUUGAGAAAAUACCUGCAACAAUCCUGUGCAAAGUGUUGCAGUCUGUUCAUGAUCCUAAAGGCGAUUAUUCUUAACCUCCUGUAGCCACAAACAUCUGUAAACCUCAGAUUGUUGUUUUUUUUGUGCCAACAGACUUUGUAGAAAGUUAAGAUAUUGCCACUUAAAACUUUAUCAAGUUUUUUUGAUUCUGAGUUACAUCCAAGCAUACUCGGUGAUGCUCAAUUAACCACUGUACUUAUUUUACUUACUACAAAUCUCAGUAAUCCCUCUUUUUUUUGUUUGUUGCCAAACUGGUUAAUACUGGGACUUUUUUUUCAAUAUAAAAAAGGGCCAACUUUGCUUCAUUUAUCUGAGAUGUACUGUAUGUAACAACCCAAGUGAGCCGCAACUUUUUCCCCCCUAAAAAAUAAAGCACUUUAUUUCCAUAAGGAC